GCUGGUCUGAAAGUUAUGGCACAUUCGAGGUCAUUCUCCACCAGGUAGGAUAUAUAAACACUUGUACUAGUUGUCGGUUGCAUCAGAAAAGCUUGGCGUGAAAGGGAGAAACAGAUCUAGCAAACCCACUGGUCGUACGUUUCGAACUGUGCUGACCGUCAGUGAAAAUGCUGCGACAAAUUGUGCCACGGAUUUGUCGACAACUGCGCAAUAAUCACAUUGCUUGUGUCCGCGGCUACAGGAGAGAUCUCCCCAUUCGAUUUCCGUGGUCCAGAUCAAAUUCACCAUGGGAUUCAUUCUUCUCGGAUAUGCGUCCAUUCUUCCGAUCCAGCAUCGAAGACCACUUUCGUGACAAGAACAAGACAAUGGAUGAGAUGAUGAGACGCAUGGCGUCCAACAGGCCAAUGUUCCACAACCGCUCGACACCCGGUCAGACCAUCACCAGGACAGAGUCCGCAGAGGUCAAGUACGACAAGAACAGGUUCGAGGUGAAGGUCGACGUCCAGCAGUAUGAGGUGGAGCACCUGAAGGUCAGCCAGCUGGAGAACAGGCUGGUCAUCUCGGGCAAACACGAGGCCAGGGCAGAUGACCACGGAUUUGUCAGCAGGGAAUUUACACGGGAGUUUCUCCUACCCGAGAACGUUGACACAGAAAGUAUGACGUCACGACUAACAGAAGACGGUUUCCUGCUGAUAGAGGCCAAGAUGAAAGGAGCAGAGGACAGCACGGAGAGAGUGAUAGAAAUACAGAAGGAAGGGACGAAUAAGGAGGGAGAGAAGAAGACAGAUUGAAAAACCAAUGAAAGUGGCAGCUGUGACAUGGAGUGACAGAGGGAGAUGAUGGAUGCAAGAUGAGAUGUUUUAUUGGAUGUACACAUUAAUAUGAAUCUUUACGAAUUUGUUGUGAAAACGUAAACAAAUAAUUUUGCCGUUGUCAUUUCACACAUAGUUUUCUUAAUUCCGUUUCAGAAACAUUUAUGCGACAUGUUAUAGUUCAAAUAGAAGUAAGUUCUUCAGGGGAUUUGUGAGUAUCAUAAAACAAUGGCUGUACUUUCUUUUAUUUCAAACCUGAAAAUGAAGUUGCGAAAUUGAAGAAUAAAACAAGUGUAUCCCUAUA